CAAUAAACUACAAUACCUAAAGAAGAAUAAGAAUAAAAAAUAUAUAGAUAUAUUCUUUAGCGUCAUGGACACUCCAAACGAUACCAACACGAUGAUUCCUACCACAACAACAACAACUGCUGCUGCUGCUGCUGCUGUUGCCGGUGGCACUACUGACGUUACAGAACCUACUACUACCAAUGCAGCAACUACUACAGACGCAGAAGCUAUUACCAGUACAGAAUCAGCUAUAGAUACAGCAAUAACAACAACAACAUUUUCUGAUACAGAGGCUACACUUACUACUGAUCCAUCUGCCGAAACUACCAGCACUACAACUAGUAGUACUGAUACUGCAUCAACAGGUGUUAAUAAUACAUUACCACCACCUCUACCAAUACAGCAACAACAGCAACAACAACAACGCCCUCCCUUCUCCUCUGAAGGACCAGUUCCUAUCAACCAUCAACCACUUGGAACACAUCAUCGUAGACCUCAACCAAAUUUGCAUCAGAAUCCUCAUCAGCAUCCUCAUUCUCACCCUCCACCUCCUCCACCUUUGCCCUUCCCUUAUCCUCAUCCUGGAGCAUUUAUGAACUUUCUUCCUCCAGGGUGGACUGAACACACCGGACCUGGUGGACAAUUAUAUUGGUACAAUGCCAUGACAGGACAGAGUUCGUGGCAGAGACCAGUGAUGCCACCGCCACCACAAGGUGGAUUUAUGGGACAUCCAGGAAUGGUUCCCAUGGGAUUACAGCAACGACCACCACCACCGCCACCACCACCACACCACAACCAACACCAACACUACCACCACCAGCACCACCACCAACAACAACAACAACAACAACAACCGUUAAAUUUUACUCCUCCAGUUGUACCUAAACCACCUGUCAAAAAAACCAAAAAGAAGAUUCCGGGUACACACUGGUUGCUGGUCAGAACAACUGAUGGGAUGGAGUUUUAUUUUGACAAGGAAAAGAAGCAGUCUGUGUGGGAGAUGCCUAAAGAGCUGGAGGAGCCUAUUGCACAAAUGAAAAAAGAAGAAAAGGAAACAGAGGAUGCACUCAAGGCUGCCAGAGAGGCCGAGAUUGGAGAAAAGAGAAAGCUUGAACAAGAAGCUGAAAAUGAAGCUAAAAGACAAAGAGCAGAACAACAAGCACAGAAAGGAGUAUCAGUAGGAGAAGAAGAAGGAGGAGCAGAAGAAGAGCCUACAGAAAUGACAGAAGAGGAUAUUAUGUGGCAAUUGCAGAAUAUGGAUCCUGAGGAAAUCGAAGAUCUUGGGUUGAGAAACGAAGAACCACCAGAAGAAACAAGUACCAUGGUGACACCAAAUGCACAAGCUGUAAAAAUGCAAUUAUUACAACAACAACAGCAGCAGCAACAACAAGCACCACCACAGAUUGUGGAAUCUAUGGAUUUGUCUCUUACAGAAGAGGAACGGGUUGAGCUUUUUACACAAAUGUUGACUGAAAAGGACAUUUCGCCAUACUCCACAUGGGAAAAAGAGUUGCCGAAAUUGAUUGGUGAUCGACGUUACUCCCUUGUGCAGCAGCACAGUAAAAGAAGGAAUCUGUUUAAUAAUUACUGCCGCCUAUUGGCCCAGGAAAUCAAAUUGAAAAAGGCGAAUCAAAAGACUCCAGAAGAGAGUUACUCUGAAUUAUUAGAAGAAGAGGCUAAUGAGAGGAUGUAUUGGGAAGACUUUCGUCGGAAAGUUAAGGAUGACGAGAGAUUCAAGGCAGUAAGAGAAACGAAGCUGAGGGAAAUUAUGUUUAAGGAUUACGUGAAGAUGCUCCGAAAGGACAGGACUGCGAGCUCAAAGCGGAAAGAGGAAGAGUACAUGGAGUUGCUGAGGAGUACAAAGGAGAUUAGAGUGGGAAUGCGGUGGAGAGAUUGUAAGCGUAUUUUGGAACACGAUAAGCGGUACCAGGCCAUAGAUAGCAAAGACACCAGAGAAGAUUUAUUCCGGGAUUAUCUCGAGACCCUCUAAGUAACCAAAUGUAACAAAUCUUUCUCUUUUCUUUCCAAUAUAUUCAUAUUUUAUAAUAUGAGACUUUUGCUUUAU